AUGAUUCGUGAUAAUGUAAUCAAUACUUAUGAUAUUGAUUUUUAUCCAACAGCAUUUAAAUUUGAUCGAAUGAUAGUUAGCGUCACAAAUAAAUAUCCAGCAUUCGAUGCUGUAACAGAACUUUUGGAUAAUAAUAUUAAUGAAGAAAUCGAUCAAUUUUGUUCUGAUUUCAAUAAUGCUGCACAUAUAGAGAUAGAUGGUUUACUUUAUUCUGAUGGUACAAAUUCUCUUUUAGCAUGUCAAGUUGAUGCAGAUGCAACAAUUGGAAACGAUGGUCUUAAAGCGAAUGCUCAUACAGAUGGAUCUCUUUCUAAACGUAAAUUAGAAAAUACUGAUAUUAGUGUUGGUCAAUGGCAAGCCUAUGCAAAAGCAUCCAUUGAAGCAGAUGGAAUGAAUGCUGUUAUUGGUGCAGAAUUAAAUACUGUGUCUUUAAAGAAUGAAAAUAUUGAAGCAAAUAUUAGAUUAAGUAUUAAAACUGGAGUCGACUUAUCAAUGGCUAAUGUUAGUGCAUCUGCUUUUGAACUUGGAUGA